AUGUCUGAUCCGGCGAUUAAGCUGUUUGGAAAGACGAUUCCUUUACCGGAGCUAGCUGGAGUCUUAACCGAAAAUCAAAACCAGAAUUCCGUUCGGUUAUCAGAUUCAUGUACCGGAGACGAUGAAGUGAUUGCUGAUUCCGAUGGUGGUGGUGGUGGGUUUCGCGGCGGUGGAGAAAGCGAAAGCGAAAAGGAAGAAAAAGAUAAUAAUGAGUGUGGAGAUGAGAAUGGAGAAGAGUCUAAUAACGUUGCUACAACAUCGGGUUUAACCGAGAAAACGGAGAUAACUAAAGCUGAGAAGACGACGAAUGAAGAGUCGUCGUCGCAGAACGGGACUUGCUCUCAAGAGGGGAAGCUAAAGAAACCGGAUAAGAUACUACCGUGCCCGCGAUGUAAGAGCAUGGAAACAAAGUUCUGUUACUACAACAACUACAAUGUUAACCAACCUCGUCAUUUCUGUAAGAAAUGUCAGAGGUAUUGGACAGCUGGUGGAACAAUGAGGAAUGUUCCGGUUGGUGCAGGGAGACGUAAGAACAAGAACCCGGCUUCUCAUUAUAACCGUCAUCAUGUCAGCGUAACAUCUGCGGAAGCUAUGCAGAAGGCGGCGAUAGCUGAUCUUCAACAUCCUAAUGAUGGUACCAAUCUCCUCACUUUUGGCUCUGAUUCAGUCAUCUGUGAAUCCAUGGCUUCGGGAUUGAAUCUUGCUGAUAAGUCGAUGCUGAAGACACAAACCGGAUUGCAAGAACCGAACGAAGGCUUAAAGAUUACUGUUCCUUUAAACCCGUCAAGCGAGGAGGCUGGAACAAUCAGCCCAUUGCCAAAAGUUCCAUGCUUUCCAGGACCACCAACUUGGCCAUACGCUUGGAACGGAGUUUCGUGGACGGUUUUACCGUUUUACCCUCCGCCUGCUUACUGGAGCUGCCCGGGUGUUUCACCGGGGGCAUGGAACAGCUUCACCUGGAUGCCACAGCCCAAUUCACCAUCUGGAUCUGGUCCAAACUCUCCAACACUUGGUAAACAUUCACGAGACGAGAGCAUUGCUGAACCAGAAGCCGCUCCUGAAGAAACCGAGUCACUCGGCAGAGAGAAAAGCAAACCCGAGAGAUGCCUGUGGGUUCCCAAGACGCUGAGGAUCGACGAUCCAGAAGAAGCUGCUAAAAGUUCAAUCUGGGAAACAUUAGGGAUCAAAAAAGAUGAAAAGGCGGACACUUUCGGAGCUUUCAGAUCAUCAAACAAAGAGAAAACCGAAGGGAAACUUCCGGGAAGACGAAUGGAGUUGCAAGCCAAUCCGGCUGCUCUUUCGAGGUCAGCAAACUUCCAUGAAAGCUCAUAG